AUGGAAAUCGUUCCGAUCCCCGCCGAUUCCUACACACUCGGCUUCAUCGGCGCUGGAAAAAUGGCCGAAAGCAUUGCCAAAGGCGCCGUCCGCUCCGGCGUACUGCCACCGUCUCGUAUCCGCACCGCUCACUCCAACCCAGCUCGCCGCGCCGCCUUCGAAGCCAUCGGCGUCACCGUCCUCGCCUCAAACGACGACGUUGUUCGGGAAAGCAACGUCGUCAUUUUCUCCGUGAAGCCUCAAGUAGGUAUUGCCACACGAUCUCAAUGUCGAUUUCGGCUUGCUCUAGAUUCGUUUUUCAUUGAAGAGUUUGUGUUUGUUGCAGUGAAAGAUGCGGUGUUGAAGUUGAAGCCGCUCUUGACGAAGAACAAGCUUUUGGUCUCUGUUGCUGCUGGAGUCAAGUUGAAAGAUCUUCAGGAAUGGGCUGGUCACAACAGAUUUAUAAGGGUGAUGCCUAAUACACCUGCUGCUGUUGGCGAGGCAGCGUCAGUUAUGAGCUUGGGGGCAGCUGCUACAGAAGAAGAUGGAAAUCUUAUAAACAAAUUAUUUGGCUCAAUCGGGAAAAUAUGGAAAGCUGAUGAAAAGUAUUUUGAUGCAAUAACUGGCCUGAGUGGCAGUGGUCCUGCUUAUGUUUAUUUAGCAGUAGAGGCUUUGGCUGAUGGAGGAGUAGCUGCUGGCUUACCACGUGAUCUUGCAUUAAGUCUAGCUUCUCAGACUGUACUAGGAGCAGCAUCAAUGGUCACCCAAACUGGGAAGCACCCAGGGCAGCUCAAGGAUGAUGUUACUUCUCCUGGUGGGACAACAAUUGCUGGCGUUCAUGAGUUGGAAAAAGGUGGGUUCCGUGGAACACUUAUGAAUGCUGUUGUUGCUGCUGCUAAGCGUAGCCGAGAGCUUUCCUAGAUCCAGAUGAGGAUUCCACUUUAUUAAGUGUUGAUUUCAGUAGAACUCUAUUUUUUUUUAAAUAUUAUGCGAAUUUGGGCUCUUCUUUGAGAUGGAUAAAUCCUGCUAGAAUGUUUGGCUAUAGCAACUGUCUUUCAUUUUUUUAGAGAAAAAAUGCUACUAGUAUGAAGGGUUUGGCCAAUUAGCACAGCAUAUGAUAGUCACGAACAAGCAUGUCUAGGGUUGAUGUUUUUUUUACAGAAGAGAAGUAAUAAAAGAACCCUUGACCACUAAA